AUGCUUCCCAGAACAGGAGUACUUCCAGCAGCCCACCAAACUGCCUUCAGUACCACCAUCCUUGUAUGCUUCCAGAGCAGAGUUACUUCCAGCAUCCCCCCCAAUGCCUUCAGUCCACCAGGAUCUUGGGAUGGCUUUCCAGUGCGAAGUACCUUACCAAGCAGCCCACCAAACUGCCUUUCAGUACCACCAAUCCUUGUAAUGCUUACAAGAGUAGAGUACAUCCAGCAGCCCCCCCAACUGCCUUCAGGUCCACCCAAGUUUCCUUGGAUGUUUCAAGAAACAGAGUACCUUCCACCAGGCCCCCCAACUCGCCUUCAGUCCACCAGUCUUGGAUGCUUCCAGAGUAGAGUACUUCCAGGCAGCCCCCCAAACUGCCUUCAGUCCACCAAGUCUUGGCUGCUUCCAGAAGUAGAGUUCUUCCAGCAGCCCCCCAAAACUGCCUUCAGUCCACCAAGCCUUGGAUGCUUCCAGAGUAGAGUUCUUCCAGGCAAGCCCCCAACUCCCACCUUCAGCUCCACCAGUCUUGGAUGCUUCCCCCCACCAGAACAGAGUACUUCCAGCAGCCCCCCAACUGCAUUCAGUCCACCAUCCUUGUAUGCUUGCCAGAAGCAGAGUUACCCUUCCAGCCAGCCCCCCAACUGCCUUCAGUACCACAAGUCUUGGAUGCCUUCCAGAGCAGAGUUACUUUCCAGGCAAGCCCCCCAAAUACAUGCCUUCAGUCCACCUCAGUCUUGGAUGCUUCCAGAGCAGGUGGACUUCCAGCAGCCUACAACUGCCUUCAGUCCACCAGUCUUGGAUGUUUACCAGAACAGAAGUACUUCCACCAGCCCCCCAACUGCCUUCAGUCCACCAGUUCUUGGAUGCUUUCCAGGAAUAGAGUACUUCCAGCAGCCCCCCAACUGCCUUCAGUCCAACCCAGUCUUGGAUGCUUCCAGAACCAAGAACAGAAGUACUUCCAGCAGCCCCCCAACUGCCUUCAGUCCAACCAUCCUUGUAUGCGUUGUCCAGAGCAGGAGUACUUCCCAGCAGCCCCCCAAACUGGGCCUUCAGUUCCACUAG